AUGGAUGUUUCUGAAACACUUGAGCAAACCCCCCACUCUCCCAGUGAGAAAGACGAAGAGGAGGAUGACCACCAGCCCUCUGAUGACGAAAUCCUGAAAGGGAGUAGUUCAGAGCAGGAUGGGGAGGAAGGACAGGGUGCCUGCUUGGGGAAAGGGGCAGACAGGGUAACUAGAACAUUGAGCCAUGGGGAGGAGGAAGGCCUUCCCUCAGAGGAAGAGGAGCACUUAAGCACCAAGUCUCCGGACUCUGAUCGUAAUGAUCAAAGCCAACCACUCAAGUCCUCCCUGCGCGUUGAGCAAGAGGAAGAGGGGGCAAAUGACCUGGGUGAUGAAGCUUCCUCAGUCAUUCGGGAACUGGACGAGCAUGAACUGGACUAUGAUGAGGAGGUUCCCGAGGAGCCUAGCACUGUUCCUGCAGACGAUGAGGCUGACAAAGCUGUGGGGGAGGAGGAGGAGGAAGAGGAAGAAAAGGGAGAUGAGCCUCCAGGAGAUGAAAAACAGCCUACCCCCAAAAGCAACAAUGAGAAGGAUGGGCAGGAGCCUCCCAAGGAGAAGAAGAAGGAAGAAGAUGGAGAAAUUGAUGAUGGCGAGAUUGAUGAUGAUGACCUGGAGGAGGGAGAGGUGAAAGAUCCCAGUGACAGAAAAGUGAGGCCACGUGUUACCUGCCGUUUUUUUGUGAAAGGGAACUGUACUUGGGGCACAAACUGCCGAUUUAUUCAUCCUGGUGUGAAUGACAAAGGAAACUACUCUCUGAUUACCAAGCCAGAUCGUUUCUCUUCUAACGGUGCCCCUCCUAUUGGCCCUGGUCCUCAUCCUCUGAUGCCAGCCAAUACUUGGGGAGGGCCCGGUGUGGAUGAAAUCUUCCCGCCCCCACCUCCUGACCCUCCAACUGAAGGUGCCUGGGAACGGGGCCUCCGACAUGCGAAGGAGGUGCUGAAAAAGGCUACCAUGAGGAAAGAGCAAGAACCCGAUUUCGAAGAAAAACGGUUUACGGUAACGAUUGGGGAAGACGAACGUGAAUUCGACAAGGAAAACGAAUUUUUACGGGACUGGAACUAUCGCAUCACUUGGGACGUGCGAGAUUCCAGUGACACUGACGUCAAAGAGAAUGCCAAUUAUGGACUCGAUCCCUACUCUGAUCCCUACUAUGAUUAUGAAAUAGAACGCUCCUGGCGGGGAGGACAGUAUGAGAACUUCAGGGUACAGUACACUGAUCCAGACCCCUACCGCAAUUACAGACUGAGUAAGGAGAGGGAGCGAGAGAGGGAUCGGGAGAACCGGCAGAGGGAACGGGAGCGAGAGAGGGAGCGGGAGCGGGAACGAGAAAGGCGGCAGAGAGAGCGGGAGCGUGAAAGGGAACGGGAGCGUGACAAGGAGCGCCAGAGGCGGAAAGAAGAGUGGGAGCGGGAGCGGGAGCGCAUCAAGCGAGAUGACAAGGAGCGCCCACACCGGGACCGAGAUCGGGAGCGGGAGAAAGAGCGGGAGAAGGAGAAAGAGAAGCCAAAGCCGCGAUCGCCACAGCCAGUCAGUCGUCAGCCUGAGCCAUCAAAGAAGGAGAAGGAAGCAACUACAACCACUCCUUCCCACUCCAAGAGAGCCGAUGAAUGGAAGGACCCUUGGCGCCGAUCCAAAUCGCCCAAAAAAAAGCACGGCAUGUCCGCUUCACCCAGUCAUGCGAGGAGGCGCCGGAAAACCUCGGCUUCGUCAGCUUCCGGCUCGGGUUCUUCAAGGUCAUCCUCCCGCUCCUCCUCCUAUUCUGGAUCAGGUUCUUCGCGGUCACGUUCCAGAUCGUCCUCCUAUAGCUCCUAUUCUAGUCGCUCUUCCAGGCACAGCUCCUUCUCAGGCAGUCGGUCCAGGUCGCAGUCCUUCUCCUCUUCGCCGUCUCCGUCUCCCACGCCAUCUCCACACAAGCCUCCCCCCAAGGCUAAAGGGGAACCAGCAGCUGUGGCUGGAAAGGGUGAAAAGCUUGUGAAGAAACUCCUCACCCCGCCAGCACCUCCCCCCGUGGCAAAAGUUGCCCCCUCUGCCCCAGAGCCAGCCAAACCAGGGGACAACAGGGAGGCAAGACGGAAGGAGCGGCAAGCGAGGACCCCUCCCAGGAGGCGGGCCGUCAGUUGCAGCGGCAGCGGCAGCAGCUACAGCGGUUCCAGCUCCCACUCGAGAUCCUUGUCUCGAUCCCUCUCCCGGUCCUCCUCGGCCUCGCUUUCCCCGUCCCCAUCCGGGUCCAGAAAAUCCAGGUCUCUGAGUGUGAGCAGCGUCUCUUCCGCCUCCAGUGCCUCCUCCAGCAGCAGCUCCGUCCGCAGUGCCGACUCGGAAGACAUGUAUGCGGAUCUGGCCAGCCCGGUUUCUUCGGCUAGCUCCCGCUCCCCAGCCCCUGCCCAGCAGAAGAAAGAAAGAGCCGGGAAGGCCAAGAGAGAGAGCGGCCCGAAGGAGGAGAAGCGGAAGCGAGACGUCCCAGCGCAGCCGGCCAAAGCCGCCAAGCCCACCUCAGGGGGCAAGUCCCAGCAGCCUCCCGCCCCUCACCCGCCCCCCCAGGUCCAGCCUGCUGGCUUUAGUGCCCACAAGGAAAUCAAGCUCACCCUAUUAAACAAGGCAGCUGACAAAAACAGUAGCCGGAAGAGGUACGAGCCCUCCGACAAAGACCGGCAGGCUUCUCCCCCAGCCAAGAGGAUCAACCUGUCUCCAGGUACUCGCGACAGGAAGCUGGCAGGAAGGCUCUCCUCUCCUAAACAGGACCGUCAGCGGGGGCCCAAUCCAAAGCCCUCCCCAGCACAGGCUGACAAGAAGCGUCCGCUGUCCCCUCAGUCCAAGAGUUCCAGCAAGGUCACAAGCAUCCCGGGCAGAGUGCCUGAGCCGGUCCCUCCCGCCGCCCCCGCCAAAUCGGGCAAGUCCAGCACGUUGUCGCGAAGGGAGGAACUCCUGAAGCAGCUGAAGGCCGUGGAAGACGCCAUCGCUCGAAAGCGGGCCAAGAUCCCCGGGAAAGUAUAGUCAAGCCUUGGUCCAGCCCGGAUUAGAGACUGCGCCGGUGUUUUUACAAAUAGCAUACAA